UCUGUGUCGUCCUCCCCAUUAUUCUCUAAACUUUUCAGCGAAGUAGUUGAUUGAAAAUGGCGACUGAAAUUCGAUCCUUUGAUCUGAUAAACAAAACUCAGAUUCCAUCAUUAGGUCUUGGGACAUGGCAAUCGGAACCUGGUCUUGUUGGCCAAGCCGUCACUGCUGCCGUCAAGGCUGGGUAUCGCCACAUUGAUUGUGCCCAAAUUUAUGGCAAUGAAAAGGAGAUUGGUUUAGCUUUAAAGAAACUCUUUGAAGAUGGCGUGGUGGCACGAGAAGAUUUAUGGAUCACCUCUAAACUUUGGUGUAACAAUCAUGCCCCUGAAGAUGUACCAAUUGCAUUAGAGAAAACUCUGAAUGACUUACAGAUUGAGCAUCUUGAUUUGUACCUUAUUCAUUGGCCAGUAAGGACAAAGAAAGGGACAGCUGGCUUCAAACCUGAAAAUCUGCUAAAAACAGACAUACCUGCCACAUGGAAAGCAAUGGAAGCAUUGUUUGAUAUAGGGAAGACACGAGGUUUAGGUGUUAGCAAUUUUUCUUCAAAAAAAUUGGGAGAUUUGUUGAAGGUGGCCCGCAUUCCCCCUGUUGUGAAUCAGGUUGAAUGCCAUCCUUCAUGGCAUCAAACCAAAUUGAGGGAGUUUUGUAAAUCUAAAGGCGUUCAUCUCUCAGGGUACUCACCACUUGGUUCACCUGGGACAAAAUGGCUAAAGAGCAAUGUGCUUGAGCAUCCAAUUUUGACAUCAGUUGCAGAUAAAUUAGGGAAGACUCCUGCACAAGUUGCCAUACGUUGGGGUUUACAGAUGGGUCAUAGUGUUCUUCCCAAAAGUACAAAUGAAGCGCGUAUCAAAGAGAAUUUUGCAGUUUUUGAUUGGUUGAUUCCUGAUGAUUUGUUCACAGAGUUGUCUAAAAUCGAACAGGCAAGACUUGUGAGAGGUGAUUUUUUGGUGAAUGAUAGUUAUGGUGAGUAUAAAACAGUUGAGGAACUCUGGGAUGGUGAGAUUUGAGUUUUGAGGACUAGCUGAAUAUUAAUAAAUUAAGCUUAAAAUGUGUUUCUUAUUAUUAUAUAUAAGUUAAAGCACUCCUCGAAUUUAAGCAAUAUCACGAAAUAAGAAGGUGUUACAUUAUGUGGUUUGUUAAAUUCUAUCUCAUUUUCUGUUCCAUGUUGUAAACGAGCAACUAUUAAUACUCGAAAAAAGUAG